CCCGGCGCGCCGCCGGCGCUGAAGAGGCCGCGGCUCGCCGACCUCGCGCAGGCCGCGAGCGGCGCAGAAGAGGAAGCGCAGGCCGCGAGCGGCGCCCAGGCCGCGGGGCCCGGCGUCGCCCGCGAGGCCGCGGGUUCCGGCGCCGACGGCGGCGCGCGCGCCAACGCGCCCGCCGCGGCCAGCGCGGGGGCACAGAGCGCGGCGGCGCCGCUGACGUCUCAGCCAGGUGGCCGCGUCGCCAGCCGAAGCGUCGCUAGCCAGGCGAUGGGAUCGGCGACGGGGGCCGCGACUGGCUCGGGGCGCGCCGCCUCAAGCGGCCUGGGCGGAGCGCUCGGGCGUCGGCGCCCCUGCGGUUUCCGCAGCGUGGGGAACUCGUGCUACGUGAAUUCCCUGCUGCAGGCCCUCUUCCCGCUGGCCCCAGCGCAGCGGAUGAUUGCCGCGACGCUGGGCGCUCUGGGCGACGAGCCUGAGGAGGGCCUGUUCGACUUGCUGCGACAGGGGAACAAGCUGGCGGGAACGGCCAUAGCAGCCUGGCGCGCCCGCGGGGCGCUCGAGCCCGAGCUCUUCGCGGGCUGGCGCAACGGCGAGCAGGAGGACGCGCAGGAGUUCCUGCAGCUGAACCUGUUGCAGAACGAUGGCUCGGAGCUCGCGGACCUGUGCCGCGGGGUCGACUGGCCGCGGUUGUCGAGCCCUGACUGCCCUGCUUCUCGAGACGCUACAGGCGCCGAGCCCUUCGCGAUUCUCUCCUUGCCGCUUGCGGUCGCGGACGGCCGCCGAGCCUCUGCGUCGGCGCGCGCUGCGCUGGCGGAUUACAUCGAGGCUCCGUGCCCGGUGGAGGUGGGCGACUGGCAGUGCCCGUGCGCGGGUUUCCUCGCGCACCGUGCCAGCGUGCUCAAGACGCACCGCGUCACUUGCUUCCCGGAGAUCCUGCUGCUUCACCUGGUGCGCUGGGACAGCUUCGGCCGCGCGGCGCCGCACCCGGUGGCAGCCGACGCCGUCCUCGAGGCGCGCGGCCCGGACAGCGUCGGGAUCUUCUCGUUGAAGGCUGCGGUCGUGCGCAGGGGCGCCACCGCCCGCAAGGGCCGCUACUGCGCCUUCGCGAAGUACAACGGCACCUGGUGGCUCUGCGACGACGACGCCUCCCGCGUCGCCACCGAAGCUGAGAUCGCCUUCUUCGGCGGCGGGCAGGGCGCCGCGGCGCUGACGAAGGUCUACCUCGCUUUCUACGAGCGGCUCGACAGCGCGGCGCCCUUGCCCGCGCAGGGCCGCCUCGUCGCGGAGGCGUCGGACGCGGCUCUCUGA